GAGGCCAGUUGAUAUAAAUAAGAGAAACGCCUUAGCCAACAAUCUGAUCAUUUUAAAUUGUUCACUUGAAAGUAACAGAUUAAUUGUUGAUUAACAGUAAUAUCAAUCGAAACUUAAAUUUGGUCUAAAAAAUCAAGAUGAAAUUCAUUAUUGUUACAGUUCUUAUGGUUGUUUCAGUCAACUGUCAAUCGCCAGCAUUUGAUUCAUUUAUGUCUCGAAAUCGUGAUUCAUUUAACGGAGUAUCAUCAUCAGCUGUAUCUUCCUCUGCAUCUCAAUCACUUGGACAACAAUCAAGUCAACAAUUACCCCAAUGGCAACAAUUAAAUGGACGAUCAUCUUUUGCUCGAUCUCUUAAUCCAUCAGUUUCAUUUGCAUCAUCAUCUGAAUCAGUUUCACCUUUUGUCACCUCCAAUUCCCAUAAUCAAGCCUUUAAUCCAGCUCAACAAUCAGCUGGAUCACCAACAACAAUCAGUGGACCAAAUUUCCAAACAUCAAUCACUUUACCCGCUCUUCCACCUCUACCCCAACACCCUGCAGGCUCACCAGCAGCUUUAGCUCAUCAACAACACCACCACCAUCAACAUCAAAAUCAACAAUCACAACAACAACAACAACAAUUCCAACCUCAACCACAAUUAACUCACCAAUUCUCAACCCAUGUUCACAACCAUCAAGCUCCAUCAUCACAACAAUUAGCUAAUCAACCUUUCCAAUCGCCUUUCUUUAAUCCCCAAGGUAACAAUAACUUCCCAUUCAAUUUCCAAUCUCCCCAAUCAGCUCCUCUUAAUCUUCCAACCCCACCCUCAACCCAACCCACAGCACCACAAUCAUUUGGUUCCCUUGGUUUCUCCAACAAUUUCUUCAACAAUCAACAACAAUUCCAACCACAACCACAACAACAACAACAACAACAAUCAGCACCUUUACCAUCGUCCUUUAACUCACUACCAUCGACCACCAUUCGAGCUCCUGGUUUCGAGACAACUUUCGUCUUCAUGAGGCCAUCCGAACAGCCCACCCAAGGAUCAUCAUUGAGCAAGUUGGUUCGAGAUCCAAGCGGCAUUGAAAAGCAAAUGUACUUCGUACCAAUGCCCAACUACAGUCCACCAUCAGUUUACAAUACUCAAAUUGUCCACUCUAAUCCUCAACCACAACAACAACAACAAGGUCAACAAUUAUAAACGGGAGACAAUCGUUAUAAUAUAAUCAACGAAAGGAUCAAUUUAAAUGUGAAAUCACCUUGAUCAUUGAUUGAUUUCUAGGUUUCAAUUUAAUUGAAAAUCAAAUUUUCUUAUUAUCAAUGAUACAAAAUGAUUAAUAUCUUUAAAGGGAAUCAAUUUAAGUAUUACAAUCAAAUGAUUAUUGAAUUAAGUACUAAUCUUAUCUGACCAAAGUUAAUUUGCUUCUGUAUUCAGGAUUAAUUGUUACAAGAAAAAAAAACAUUAACUGAAUAAAAAUGAACAUUUUUUUUUACAAUUAACUGAA